AUGAGUAGCCGGCUAGUACUCCGUCCGUUAACACGGCGUCUGCCAUUAGCCAGUCCAGCAUGCCUCCAAACGGUCAGCAGGUCAGGGACAUACAGCGUCUCUCAUAUCAACCCAUCAUCAUCACACGGCGGUGGCAACAUCACCACCACCACCCCUCUCCGGAUUAUCACCAGGAGGUCAUACUCCCUCUUACCCGGCGGGAUGGGCCCUCAAAAACAACAACAACAACAACAACAACAACAACAACAACAACAACAACCUACACAAGACGACCAAGAAUCCAACUCAUCGAACCCCAAAAACCCCUCCCCAAAAAAACUCCCUUCCUUCACCAAAAUCCUCCUCAUCUCCCUCGCCGCCUGCACAUGCACAUCAUGGAUCCUCUACGAAGACAUGCUAGGGCUGCGGUCCCCGCCCACGCUCAACACGGCCACCUUUGUGCCCUACACCAUCGUCGCGCGCGAGCAGGUUUCUUCCACGGCGUUUAUUUUGAGCGUGGAACCUGCCGCUGCCACCGCCACCGCCAAAAAAACGAAUGGGGACCAACAGAUGCUGCAAAAGGCUUGGAAACACGGGUUGUGGUGCGUGGAGAUUAAACAGCCGCAGUUGCAGGUUGCGAGGGAUUAUACUCCCUUGCCGGCGCCUGUUGGGGAAGAGUUGGAAGAAAUGGAGAGGGGCAGACUGAGGUUCUUGAUUAGGAAGAUGGAUGGGGGGGAGGUUAGUAGUUAUUUGAGUAAGUUGAAGGUGGGGGAUAAGGUGGAGUUGAGAGGCCCGCAUUUGGGGUUUGAUGUUGCGAAGAGGGUUGGGGGGUUGGUGCAAAGUGUUGAUGGUGAUGAUCAUGGGGGUGAGGGUGAGGGUAGACCGGGACAGAAACAGGGACAGGUGGUCUUCCUAGCUGGAGGCACCGGUAUCGCGCCGGCGCUGCAGGUUGCUAGGAGGUUAUAUGGUCCUGUGUAUGAAAGGGGAACCGGUAAAGAGGAAGGGUGGAAGCUGAUGGAGGAGAAUAUGCCGACACAACCACCCAAGAUGACGAUUGUGUGGGCCAACAGGUUCAGGGAGGAUUGUCCUGAUUGCGAGGAUUUGGAGGCGUUGAGGAGGAGGGGGUAUUUACCUCCUUCUCCUGUUGCUGUCACCGGCGGUAUCAUGCCCUAUCUCCAAGACAUCAAAGCCCGUCACCCGGAGCAGUUCAACUUCGCUUGCACGGUCGACACGGAGAAGAAGUUUAUUGACGCCAAGACUAUUCUUGAUGCUAUCACGUCUACUUCCACUUCUACCAACUCUAAAACGAAGUCUCUAAUCAAGAGCACAACAACGACAACAACAACAACAGAUCCCUCUUGCCCCUUGCACUCCUCCUCGGUCCUGGUCUACGUCAGCGACAGACAAGAUCACGAAGCCCAGUGCAAAUGCCCUGACCACCAUGCCAAGAACAACGGCAAGAACCUUCUUAUGGUAUCGGGACCGGAUGGGUUCAUUGCCCAGUUCGCUGGUCCCAAGGCGUGGUCCGAGGGCUUGGAGAGGCAGGGACAUGUGGGCGGGGUGGCGGGCGAGUUGAUGAGGAAGGGGAAGGUGAGCAAGGAGGAGUGGAUGGUUUUGAAGUUGUGA